CGCGCAUGCGUCGAGUAUAAAAUCAAUGCGUGUGUCAUCCUAUUUGUUUCAUUGAAAAACUACGGUCAUAUUAAACGUUACUUCCUUUUCGACUGUCUUUCGCUUAAAACAAUUAAAACAAUUGCAAAUUCACAUGGGACACGGAUAUUAAAUGUACUACGAUAACAUUGUGAACAAAAAUGCAGUCAACGGUUGGCAUUCUCUUCAUUGCAAUAGCGGUAUCGACGUGUCGUGCAAAAGUUAAAAUUAUUCAAGACAACGGUAUUUCGAUCGAGUUCGACAAACCACUCACGAUUACGUGUACAAAUGACAUGAACUCUGAUGUUGAGUUUCGACUUGAACAACUUGUAGUUGCUUAUUGUUUUGGAACAUAUGGCUGCAAAAUUGAUGACGGAAGGUUUAACAUAAUGCAAAACACAACUGCGGGAAGGAACGAAUAUAUUUUGACAUCUACUGAUGCUAUUACGACUGAUCUUUGUGGCGUAUAUGAGUGUAUAGACCUGCUUUACCCAGCAAAGGAUUCAGCUCAAGUUUCGAUAAUAGGUUUUGACAAUAAAACAUAUAAUGCUACUGAGGAGAAAGAUACCAUUUAUCUUACUACAGCGUGUAUCUUUAAUGUCUCUCUAUCAGACAUGCAGAUAGUUUGGUACACUUACGACAAUACAACUUUAAAGCUCCUCGAUGAGACUAGAAUGGGAAAUUCAAUGGGACCUUUCAACAGCAAGUCAGUUUGUUCCGAUAAAUGUGGUACAUUAUCUGCUUAUAGAUUUACUUUUGGACUGAAUAUUACUGACCAAGAGCAGGGCUACACUAAUGCUUUCACAGUGACCAAAAUCUUCCAUCCAGAUUUUAUGAACAAACCUCUUACCUGGCGGUCUUCAGAAACAUUUCGUGUUAAAGAGAGCAGUCCAAAGACACCAACAUCUGGGGGAUUAAUGAUCGUCAUAGUACCGGUGUUAGUCUGGGUGACGGUAUUAAUUGGGCUCAUGAUAUAUGUUAUCAGAUCCGGGAAAAAAAGAAGCACCAACACCCCGACACUUGAAAACACAAACCCUUUGGUAAAUGUUUUCUUCUUACAUAUAGUAUAUUCAGUCUUGAAAUGUAAUUGCAACUCCUCAAAAACAAUAUAGAGGCCUCUUGACGAAAUGUAUUUGUAUUUUGUGAGGGAUAGUGUAUUAUCAAACGCGGUUUUAGUUAAAACAAUAUCUUUUCCGAUUGAUAACAUGGCCUCUAUGUGUCCAAUUAAGUGCGUUGAAGUGGCCAUUUAUUGACGUUUAAAAAUGUUUUGCUGUUAUAAUCGUUACAGAAGAAUCUUAAUACAAAACGUAAAACCAUAGUGUACAGACAAUGCACCAUUUUGAAUGGUGAGAACUACAGUCAAGGUGAUUGCGUUGUGGACCAACUGACUUUAAGACCUUAAAUAAACGUACAUGUUGUUUUACAACAUAUGUUCUGUGCAAAUAAUAAAAUGCUUAGUUAUAAUGUCACGUGUGGUAAUAGUUGAAUAGCCAUUUUGUUACCAUUAGCUUAAUGUUAGUUUAGCUCUACUUUUGAAAGAAUUAGGAGGGGUGUUUAACUAGUCGAUGUCGGCGUCUGCUUCCGGUACGGGUUUUUCAGCAAGUUAUGAUUUUUUUUUAUCUAAAAAUCGUU